GCUUUUUUCCUCCCAUGAGGCCUUGAAAAUAAGUUCCUUUUCCCUUCACAGCUACGCCCCAGAUAUACAGUUAGUAGGCACCGCGGAUACAAGCAAUGUGGGCGUCCAAGAGGAAAACGAAUGGGCGGGCGACGAGGGUCACGUGGCUGCGGCGGAAGGAUGCGUAGUGAUGCGUCUCCGUAGAGGGAAGUCUAUAAAGGACCGGCGUCGGACGCACUGCCGCCAUUUCUUCCGCUCCCGCACGUAGAUGUAGUUUCUUCGGCGAGCGCGUGCCUUCCUUCUCCCCUCCCGCAGGGUCCGCGGCCACCAUGGCGUAUUAGUGGCAGCAGUGCCUGCGGCAGCGUUGGCCUUUGCAGCGGCGGCAGCAGCACCAGGCUCUGCAGCGGCACCCCCCAGCGGCUUAAGCCAUGGCGCUUCUCACGGCAUCCAGCAGCAGCGUUGCUGUAACCGACAAAGACAUCUUCGAAUUAAGCACAUUCCUCGAUUCCAUCAAAGCCCCACGACAUGACCGAGAUGAGCUUCCUGAGCAGCGAGGUGUUGGCGGGGGACUUCGUGUCCCCCUUCGACCAGUCGGGCUUGGGGGCUGAAGAAAGUCUAGGUCUCUUAGAUGACUACCUGGAGGUGGCCAAGCACUUCAAACCUCAUGGGUUCUCCAGCGACAAGGCUAAGGCGGGCUCCUCCGAGUGGCUGGCUGUGGAUGGGUUGGUCAGUGCCUCCAACAACGGCAAGGGUGAGUGGACCACAUGUGUGAGCGUGGGUCCUCUCUGGGUGCGGUCUGGUGUGUCUUGCUGCCUUGCGUGUGGCUCAUUUGGCUCCAUCCUUACCUCUUUUGCAGAGGAUGCCUUCUCCGGGACAGAUUGGAUGUUGGAGAAAAUGGAUCUGAACGAGUUUGAUUUUGAUUCCCUGUUGGCUAUAGAUGACCUGGAAACCAUGCCAGAAGAGCUUUUGGCCACGUUCGAUGAUACCUGUGACCUCUUUGCCCCCCUAGUCCAGGAGACUAUGAAGGAUCCCCCUCAGACAGUGAACCCAAUUGGCCAUCUCCCAGAAAGUGUAACAAAAGCAGACCAGGUUGCCCCCUUCACCUUCCUGCAGCCUCUUCCCCUUUCUUCUGGGGUCCUGUCCUCCACUCCAGAUCAUUCCUUUAGUUUAGACCUGGGCAGCGAAGUGGAUAUCUCUGAAGGAGAUAAGAAGCCAGAUUCUACUGCCUAUAUCAUUCUGAUCCCUCAGUGUGUAAAAGAGGAAGACGCUCCCUCAGAUAAUGACAGUGGCAUCUGUAUGAGCCCUGAGUCCUCCCCAGGGUCUCCCCAGCAUAGCCCCUCUGUCCCUGGUGGCUCUCCAAACAGGAGCCUGCCAUCUCCAGGUGCCCUCUGUGGCUCUGCCCGUCCCAAACCAUAUGACCCUCCUGGAGAAAAAGCAGUAGCAGCAAAAGUAAAGGGUGAGAAGCUAGAUAAGAAGUUGAAAAAAAUGGAGCAGAACAAGACAGCAGCCACUAGGUACCGCCAGAAGAAGAGGGCAGAGCAGGAGGCCCUCACUGGUGAGUGCAGAGAGCUGGAAAAGAAGAACGAGGCUCUGAAAGAGAGGGCAGAUUCCUUGGCCAAGGAGAUCCAAUACCUGAAAGAUUUGAUAGAAGAGGUCCGCAGGGCAAGGGGGAAGAAAAGGGUCCCCUAGUUACGGUAGUCAGGAGUAUUGUGUGCUUGUACAUAGGAGUUUUGCGCUGAAGCUUUGUGUUGUAAUAAAUUAUUUUGUAGUGAAAGUA